CAAAGGAGGGGGAGCGGGGAAACUCAGUUUCCCAGCAUGCGCGAGGGAAGACGUUCCCGGAUAUCCGGUGGCUGAAAUCGUGGAGGAUAGCGCGUGUUCACAAACUCGCGUGUGAAAACUGUCGUGAAUAGAAAACUAUAAAGCGAAUAUACAACAAAACAAUAUAUAACUGGAGGAAGUCUGGUAAAUAAUCCGCAGCCAUGUUUCUGCAGUUUUACCUUAACGAGAACGGAGAGCGAGUUUACACACUGAAGAAAGUGGAUCCAGAGGGACGGCCGACCAGUUCUGCCCAUCCGGCUCGCUUCUCUCCUGACGACAAGUUUUCCAGACACCGAGUGACCGUGAAGAAACGCUUUGGCCUCCUGCUCACCCAGCAGCCACGACCUGUCCUGUGAAAUGCACAGAAACGAACAUUAAUUAAGAAAAAAGUGUGUAUGUGUGUGAGGUGCACGUGAUGGUGGCACAGAUCUUCAACAUUAACACAAUUAGCUGUUUUUUUUUAUAUAUAUAAAUAUUCUUUUUUGUGACGAAAUGCCUGAUGUUGAAUAAAAGGAUCGAUUUGUAGGAA